AUGGUGGAUCACAAUGUCAGCAUUGCUGAUUGGGCCAGGUUUCUCGAAGACAUCGAGGUGGCUGGCAGGCUCUCUGGAGGUCAAAGAAUUCUCACCGACCUCGUCUUGCCAACGACUGCGCACCUGGGGUAAGUUGCGAAAUGCACACCUGCCCCUAUUCCCGCAUGCGGCGCUCAACAUCUCUUCCUUGCGCUCUUCCACCUGUGCACUGCUAGAGCUGCAGCAUUCUUCGUCUCCAGAGCAAUUCAAAGGUCUAUGAAGCGCAAAAAGGAGCCAGUGGUACUCGGGACCAUCGAAGAAUGGGCGGAAAGCUUCUUUGCACCUCGCGGAUUGGAUGUCUACGUUGCUCAGGGACAAGAGAGGCUCACAAGCCUCGCUCAGGCUCAAGGUCCUGUCCACUCUAGCGCACCACUGCUGAGUGGCACGACGACGAGUGGUCGUCCUCGUCACGGCAGCAGCAGCAGCAGCAGUAGCAGCAGCAGCUCGUCCUCAUCAUCCGACGACGAGAAGGUUCCCAAAUACACACACGAUGGUUUGAAGUACGGCAAGAAGGAGAGGAAAGAGAUGCGCAGAGAGCGCAAGCGGCAAAAGAAAGAGAUGAGGAACGCCAAACGUCAACAUCGAAGAGCUCUCAAAGCCAAAGGUGUUCACGAUGGUGGAAGAGCCCUGGCUAUCAUCGUCAGUCCGCUCGGCUAUCAGCCACAUGCUUCACAUUUGCCAGCCAUGGGCGCUCAAGGAUUCGUGCCAAAUCCUCAACCCGCCGCGCAGUAUCAUGUGCACUCUCAACAAUACCCUCAGCAACCUUAUCCAGCUGGCCCUUCAUACCCCCAACAGCCCUAUCGACCCCCGUCCAUUCCGCCUUCAGCGCCACAUUACUCAAACCAACCAUAUCCGCCGCCCCAGUCCUGCCCACCUCAGGCGUCGAUGCGCAGCGCGCCAAAUGUGGAGCGGAAAGAAUGA